AUGAUGAGAACGGCUGCCUUCUACACCCAGGCUACUAAGGCUCUCGCUGCCUCCUGGCAGAGACUUCAUCGACUCGUCGGUUUCCGAAAUGGCUACGACUUCGUCCUCUGGUGCAUCUUCGCCCUGGGCCUGCUCGGCUUCGCAAUCAGUCGGGCCCCAUAUCUGGACUACUAUGGCGUAUUUUGCAAACCAAACUCGCUGACAACAAACUUACACGCCGCACCCGGGGAGUGCUACUUUUUCCUCAACGGCGGGCGGGAGCAGAUUGGCAUGAUGCUACACCUUUAUGGGAUAAUUCCGUGCUGCAUUCUGUUGUUCUUCCAAUUUGUGCCCGUCAUCCGACAGAAGGCAAUCUUGUUCCACCGGAUCAACGGGUACGUUGUCAUAAUAUUGAUGGCAGUUGCUUUGGUCGGCGGGUUGAUGGCGGUGAAGAAUUCGUUCGGAGGGGAUAUGUCGUUCCAAGUUGCCAACGUGCUGCUUGGCGCGUCAAUACCCAUUUGCCUCUCACUAGCGAUGAUAAAUAUCAAGAGACUGCAGAUCGACCAGCACCGAGCGUGGAUGUUGCGAACCUGGUUUCUGGCCGCGAGCAUCAUCACAAUGCGCAUAAUCCAAAGCAUCGCCAGCCGCGCUAUUAGCGGGCAAGGAUACGCAGCCAUCCGGCCCUGUGCCCAGAUCGACAGCGACGGCGUGCUCCCCAAGUCCGUGAUCGAACACUCGUGGCCCCAAUGCGCAGCGUAUUUCACAGGGGCACGCCCCGACCAGCAGGUGCUCGUCAGGGCCGACUACUAUGGCCUCCCGAUUGAGAUCAACGUGGCCAUCUCCAUCGUCAGCGGGGCGUCGGCCUUCACCGCGCUCUUCCUGCACGCCGUCGGCGUGGAGUUAUAUCUCAACCUGACGCCAGCAGAGUCGGAACGUCUGCGCCAGGCGUCUUGUCGCAAGCAGUCGGCAUUGGGCCUGAGGCGUCCUGCACGAAUCGAGUCGGCCAUUGAUCAGUUCGAAGCCUCCUCCAAAUUGUCUUCUCACGUUGAUGGAAAAGAGGGUGUUGGGAGUGACGUUUCAUCGGAGACUUCCUCGGAGGUGGCUGCUCACGAGUGA